AUGGCGAGGUGGAGCACCGUUACUGCCGCAAUGGCGUGCCGUUUCUUGCUCGUCGCCCUCCUCCUCGCGGUGGCGCCGCUAGCACCGGCUGACGCGAGAGAUGUGCCUGCCACGGCCACCGCCACCGCCAAGACCACAAAGACAACUGCGACGACCACGAGUGCUAAGAACGUCGGCGUGGCCGCGGCCGCACCGGCCGGCCUCGGCGACCAGAAAACCUUCCUGGGCAGCGGCCUGGGCGGAGGGUACGGCGGUGGAGUCGGGGGCUUCGCUGGCGCCGGCGGGGUGGGAGGCCUGGGCGGAGCGGUGGGUGGCAUCGGCGGCGCCCUCGGAGGCGUCGGGGGCGGCGUGGGAGGGAUCGGGGGCAUUGGUGGCCUCGCUGGCGUGGGAGGCGUCGGUGGGCUCGGCGGAGCCGGCGGUGGCGUUGGCGGACUUGGCGGCGCGGGCGGGCUCGGUGGCCUCGGCGGUGGUGGUGCAGGUGGCCUCGGCGGUCUGGGCGGUGGCUCGGGCGGACUUGGUGGCCUCGGCGGUGGAGGAGGUGGGCUUGGUGGCCUCGGCGGUGGAGGAGGUGGGCUUGGUGGCCUCGGCGGUGGAGGGCUCGGAGGUGGCGCCGGUGGACUCGGCGGUGGCAUCGGACACGGCGGCGGUGGCUGCAUCCACCCGUGA